AUGAUUUCGGCUUAUCAAGACGUGAUUGGGCAGUUUCCAAUAUUGACAACAUAUAAUCACGGCACCUUGGGGUUUGAGCUUGAUGAUAACGUCUAUCGAUCAGUGAUACUUAACACCUUGCAAUCUGCCGUAGCAAAGCUUGUCGCCGGAUUUCCUUGGCUUGCAGGUGCAGUCAUCAACGAAGGGAGUGGACCGGGAAAUUCUGGGGUCUUCAAACUCGUCGAUUGGCCAGCAAAUGCACCCUCGCCGAACCACAUUCUGCUUGUGAGAGAUUAUACAGAGUCGCUGCCCUCAUUCGCAGAUUUGUAA